GACAUCGCACCUUUUGUUGAUACUCCCAUAGAGUUCUCUUUGAAUAAUAAAGAGGAUGAAUUUAAUUACAUUGAUAUUUUGGCUUGUGAAGAACCAAAAUCGAUAACUAAUAAAAAUGGUGAAGAGGCCCAAUAUGGUGAAUGCCAGAUUAUAAAAGAUGAUAAUACACGAUGUGCUCAAAAAAUUAAAGUUGUGGGUAGAUCAACUUCAAACCUUAUUCAUCAUCUUUAUUCAAUAUAUGGAAUCACAGAUAGUCAAAUUAAUAUUACUAAAACUCAUCUAAAAGCAAAAAAUAAUUUCCUUGUUCGAUCUUUAUUAAAACUUCUCAUCCGUGAAAAUUUACUAUUAAAUCUUGUAUCAAAGGAAUCAUUUCAUGAAUUUGUUCAUAAUCUGGAUUCCGCAUUUGCAAUACCAUGUGAAAAAACUAUAAUUUGGAAUACUAAAGAAUAUCUUCACUUAAAAUGUGAUGUUCUAACUCGUUGGAAUUCAUCCUUUUUAGCAUGGGAACGACUUCUCUUAAAAAUUAUGCUUACAAAUGACGAGUGGAAUUUAAUGAACGAUUUAACUCAUUUACUUGGUCUAUUUAAUGAAUAUACAGAGUAUUUUAGUGGUAGUGAAUAUGUUACAAUUAGCAUGAUGUAUCCAUUGAUUACUGCUCUUAAAAUUAAGCUAUGGCCAAAAAAACGUCAAAUUAAAAUUAAUACACCUACAAAUACAAAUGGAUUACUAGAUCACAUAAAAUUGUCUCUUUAUAAAGCCUUACUUCACUAUUGGCCAACUCCUGAUAUCAAUAUAUAUCUUGCAUAUCAAUUAGACCCAAGAUGCAAAAGGUUACAUGUUUUAUCAACUGAUAAGCAAAAUCAGAUUGAAGAAACUUUGCAUGCUGUGUAUACAGAAUUUAAGAAGCAACACUGUUUAUCUAAACAAGUUACUUCAUUGAUAUCCAAAUCAGUUUCUAUGACUAAUCAAAAUAAAAAGCAAGCUUAUCGUAAAGGAUUCAUCAAAUCUGUUUUUUCACCAAGCUUAUAA